AUGAUAAGCGGUCUUCGAAAUACACCAGCACGAAUCGGCAUGUCAGCAGCACCUUUGACCGACUCCAAAGAAUCCUCGCUGAACUCCGCUCCCACGAGUCCUACCAAAACAAGUACUCUGCACCAUUACGAGGUCACCAUGCACUCUGCCGAUAGCGAGAGCCCGCCGUCGCCUCUCCUUGUCACAAACGUUUCAUCAGAUUCAUUCGACAACCGCGAGAACUUCUCACCCAGCAAGGUCUCUCAACUCUCAGCGAAGAGCCCGAUCGAGCGCGACCACACCUCCCCCUUAAAAUUGCUUAAGAGUCGCACAUCUCCAACUUCCGUGGGGCAUUCGCCACGCAGAGAUAUUUCGCCUGCGAGAAGCAUCCGCAAGCUUUCAUCACCAGAUAAAAGGUUUCCCGUCAAGCCUUCUCUGCCCGCUACAGCUGCUGCCUCCCCGGCAAGGUCUGCCUCGCCCGAAAAGUGUCCUGUGGUGACUGAACGAACCGUGAAUAUGGAGGAUAUCCUGCGAGAUAAUGAGGGUCUCACCAAGGCAAUCGAGAUAUUGGAGGACGAGGAUAGCGACUCGAACGAAGACCAACCUUCGGAGGAUACAUCAACAAUCUAUGAAACCGAAAAGCAAGGUCACAGCGAGGAACCCAGCAUGGACGAUACGAUGGUCAGUACAUUCAGCGAGUUUUCUGCUGUACCGGAUAUGACGAUGUUUGCAAAGAUUGGCCACAGCCCUACCAAAUUUGCCUCACUGGGGCCAACACCGCGACGGACCCAGAUGAACACUCCCGCAACACUUCGACGACCAGCGCAUGACUACUCUCCUUCCCCUACCCCGCGCGGACACAGAUAUGGGACGAGUAAGGACGAAGGAAACACAACAAACUUGAUUCUGGACUUCACGGAACAGUUCCAUGGGUUCUCUGGCCGCGCGCAAGGGCAGUCGCCUAUGCGACAAGGACGCCAAUCUCCUCUGAAGGAAUCUGCAACCGUUGCGGGUGCGCCAUGGGCCACAACUCCGUCGAUGAAAAGAAACACCAUGUCAAAUCUGUUAGAUUUCGAUAUUCCUCCGGCGCCUACUCCCAGAAGCAUGCCCUCUAUUACACCUCGCGAACUCGAAAGUUUGAAGUCAAACUUCCUAUCCGAAAUCAGUAGCCUGAAGGCUUCCUUGAGCGGCAAAGAAGCCGAAGUUCAAUCGCUCAAGACUGCUGUUGGGGACGCCGAGAAGCGUGUGGGCGAAACCAUGGAGCAAGUUCGCGAGGAAAGAGGCCUUAAGGAACAACUGGCAGCUGAGAAGGAGGAAUGGGAUAAGAGAGGCCGAGAGAUGGAGGCUGUGCUAAGAAAUGUGAAGGAAGAGAUUGUCCAUGGAGAGCGCGAGCGCGACGAGCUUGAGGGACGGUUAAACGAGAGUGAGACGAGAAGAGAGGCCGCCGAGAUCAUGGCCCAGGAAGCCGAAAGCAAGAUGGCUGCUAUGAAGGCAGGGAAAUCGUCUCCGGGCUUAAGCCCAGAGCCUCACGACAACAAGCCAGGAGAGUGCGGCUGCGGAGGCAGAGCAGUUGAGACUGCAGUCGAGAAAGUCUCCAGAGAACUUCACACACUGUACAAAGAGAAGCACGAGACCAAGGUAUCCGCCCUGAAGAAGAGCUACGAGCGAAGAUGGGACAAGAAGAUCACAGAGCUGGAGCACCAAGUCGAAGAUCUCACCAGAGAGAACGAGGACCUCAGACGUGAUCUGACCAUGACCAAGGUCGAUCCCAGAAGCGCUCUGGAAGUCACGGAGGAGCGCGAGAAGGCAGCAGCCAGGGAUGCCAAAUCCAAAGAGCUAGAAGCCGAGCUCGAAGGUCUCUCCCAUGAAAUCAGAAGUGUCAAGCAGGAUAAUUCCGACCUUCGUAAACUCCUGGACGAGGAGCGGAUCGAGAAGGGUAAGCUGGUGCAGGCUGUUGACGAGAUGAUACCGCUCGUAGCGGCCUUUGACGAUAUGCUGGCCAAAAUGGAUUCUGUCCCAGCAAACCUGCCGGCCGCCGCUCCACCGACUCCAAAUACCCAAGCCCAGCACUCGAAGGUCGAGGAUCUCCGUGGCAGCCUCUCCCGGGCUUCGGGUCUCAGGGCACCGACCGGUAUCGCUAAGCCAGGAGGAGGAGAGUCGCGAAUCGGCCGAGGAGGGUUCGGUGCCCCCGCUUCAGCAGCGAGCAGUCGUGAGCGGAGCGGUAGUGCCCUGGCUACGAGCCGACCAGGGAGCGGGUUGGGAUAUCGCAGUGGCAUCAUGAGCAACAUCGAGAAGAUGGGUAGUUACAAGGGGAGGGGAGAGUAG